AGCGGUCUUAAUCGUUUCAUCGAAUACAAUUUAUUCCCCUCCCCUUUAUCCAAUAUUCUUAAGAAAGUAGUUGUUGAACCGAGUAUCAUCAACCAUGGUACUCCGCCCACCCGGCACCCCUACAAAUUUGUCCGAUAUGGACGAGCCUAUGGCUAUGCCAGUCAUAGAGCUUAUGAUGUUCAUGCUCUUCGGUUUCACAAGUAAGUACGCCUUUCUCUUUUUGCUUUCCCUUUAUUUUGUUGUGGUGUUUUUCCGUGUCAAAGACUUCUGUAUCUUUAGAUUUUCAAGUGAGAAGUCUGUAGUUGUAAAGUGAAUUGCUAAGAGUAAGAAAUCAAGUAUACUUGAUUAUAGUCAGAGUCAGACCACUUUCUUGAAUUUCAACUUUUUAAACUCCCUGUUCGUGAAAUCAUGGACGAUGAUUCUUGUUUGAAUACUUGUUAUCCUUCUAAAUUCAAGUCCUAGAAGUAGGAGUAGUGCCACACCAUGGUGACCGUUAUUGUUCUGAGUUAUGCGAUAGCGGUCUUAGCAUUGGCGGACGACCAUUUUACCAUUUGAAUUGACCCGUCGGGGAGGGCAUUUUCGAAAUCAUAGGCGAAGAAAGGCCUUGAAAGAUUCCUAAAAUGGUACGAGAGGAGGAUUUGUCCGUCGAUAAGAAUACCCCCACCGUUCUCGCUGUCAUGGAGAAGGUCCGCGCCAGUUCUAACGACAGUGCGGUGGUCUCUACUCGUGCUGUCUCCAGCGCGAGUGCUUCGUCCAGCAGCUGUGAAGGAGAAUAUAAUCCUGCUACGACUGAGACUGAGUCGAAGAUACCUGCGUCCGCUGGUACCAGCACAUCCUGGACACGGAAACCGGUCGAUACUGAUCCGGAACAGCAGCAGGUCGAUCACGGAUCCUGUCAACAGCCAGAGGAAAACAAAAAUCGACCCUCGGCCCUGGACUCGCCGUCGCAGGACACGGAGUACCACGUGAUCCACUCGGACAACAGCGACUGUGCUUCCACCAAUUCCACCAGCGAAAAUUCGGCCGAAGUCGUCCAAGCGUUGUUGCACAACAGAAGCGUGAUCGCACAACAUCAAGAUUGGACCACGAGCCGCGACCAGAAUGGUGCGAACAGGAUUCCGUUAUCGACGCGAAGCGCGGGCGAGUCGUCUGUGUGCAGUUCUUCUGCAGCGACCGCGGACGGACACAGGGAGCAGGGCGUUUUUGGUUCUAUCGUUCGCGGAAGCCAAAUCCUCUUCGGGCGCGGGAUUGCGCGCGUGGUCACCGAGAUCCCGAGAAUUUCCAUCUGGGAGGAUAACCCGAACGACCGCACGAUGUGUGUGGUGUUUCGUUGGGUGCCGUUGGUGGCCACCUUUUCCCUGUCCCUGACUCUGGGCAUCUUCCUGUUCACCGGCUACACACUGCAGCACGACUUGGCUCGCACGGUGUUCCUGAUUGAGUUGAGCUUCUUCGGGAUGUGGGUGACGCUGUGGGUCCUGUCCUCCGCCGCCGGAGCCUUGAUUUGCACGGUGCGCAUGCGCCGGGAGUCGACGCUGGACUGGACCUCGAAGCUCGAGGAUUUUCUGGGCCACCACGAGUCCCUGGCUGAAGGAAUGCUACACAUCGUCUUGCUGCCCUACUACCGCGAGGGAGAGGAGCUAUUGGCAGAGACCAUCCAAAACAUGGCGUUCUGCUCCGAGCUCGCGAAGGAAUACAUCAUAUUGGUCAUCGCCUGCGAGGAGCGCGCGGGCCCGGCGGACCGGGAACAGGCACAGCGGCUGCGGCAGCGGUGCCGGCAUUUGUUCUUGGACAUUCUGAUCAAUGUGCACAAAGAAGGCGAAUUGCCGGACGAGGUCGCAGGCAAGUCCUCCAACGUGCAAUCCGCGUAUUUGAAGGUGCUGCGGCACCUGCGGAAAGGGGGGCGCUUUGUGAACAAAAAUGACAUCCCACAAGACAUGUCGGAGUCGGAAAGGAAGCUGGCGUUUAGCACCCCGUCGUACCUGCAGGGCAACAACAUGAUGAAUCGGUAUGCGCCGUCGAAUUCCUUCUUCGGACCACCUCCACCCGGCACAGCGACCAUCGAGCAAGAAGGGAACGAAAGCGAUCGCAUUGCAGGUUUGACAAGCGGCCUGGACCAGCGGCCGCGCAUCUACGAUGAGACGAAAACCUUUGUGACAAUUUUGGACGCGGACACGCUGUUGCACCGCCAGUACUUUCCGAGGUUGACGUACAAGGGGCUGGUGGAGCAAACCUUCGACCAGCGGCAGUGGUCGAUCUACCAGGCGCCACAGCUCGAGUACCGGAACAUCGAGCGCGUGCACGGACCGAUCAAGGCGAUGAGUAUUUUUCCUCCUAAUCCGCUGACCACCUGUUGUUAGUUUCCUGAAGCGAAUCUUCGAACUGAGUGACAUACUACUGGAUUCAUUCAUUUGCUGGGUCUUCUUGGCCUAGAGACUGAAAUUGGUCCUCGAGAUGACAAAACAGGCACAAUUUAUUUCUCUAUACAAGUUUAAGAAAAUGGUAUAACUAAAUUUAUUUGCGAAAAAGACAAUAUCAAUCAAAACUGAUGUUUCAUCCCAGGUCAUGGCCAUCCGAUUUACGAAUGCGGGGGCAUCGCUUGCUCGGGAUGGGCAAACCACGCGUGUCACGCGAGCUACACGAUCACUCUCGCAUUGCUGAAGACUGUGGAAGGAUGGGAUGCCGACGUGAUCGCAGAGGACCACCACAUGUUCAUCAAGUGUCUAUCUGCGAGCUACUGGCAAAAUCUGAUUGACAACCAGCAGAAGGGUUUGACGCUUUCCCAGUCCGAGACUCGGUUGAUUCCGCUUUACACGCCGGCGUUGUCCUACUCCGUGCACGACAGCGAUUUUGUCACUGCGGUGGGCAUGAAGUACACGCAAGCGCGUCGGCACCACCAGGCGGUCGCCGAGGUGAGCUACCUCCUCGUCCAGUGGUGGCACCUUUGCACCCACAGCAGGUCCGGUUUGCCGCUCCGUGUACACCUGCAGUACCUCCGCCUCUGCCUGCACAUGUGGACCCCCCUGUGCAUGAUUGGGGUGUUCGCGACCUUUUCUGCCAUGUUCACCGUGUGCAAUCUGCUCUCCAUCAUGUCGUACACCCUGGGCACGCAGCACCGGAUUUACGGGAAGGCGCGGAAGAUUUUGGACCACUUCCACGAGGUGCCGUGGUUUUUCCUGGUCUGUGGCGUUCUGCUUCCGACACUGGCAUGCGUUGCGAUGAGUCACGUGGUCUCCGUGGUCUUGCGGGACGUGCUAGAGGGGAGGUACGCGCCGUUGCAUCUGAUGGACCGUCCGACCAUGUUUGACGACCAGAGCGACGAGGAGGCGGACGAAGACGAGUUUACCUACGACAACGACGUCACCAGACAAAACAAGCAGCUUCAUUUUGAUGCAGCUGCAACUUCCUCGUCCAGCAGCACGACUGCAAGUGCAAACACUUCCGGCAACGAGGCCGACAAUUCCAGCGGAACGGAGCAAGAAGUAGCGGAUGCUAGUAGUACAAGUUCGAAACAGUUGCAGCUUUCCGCUCGCUAUAACAAGCAACCACACGAGCAGCAGCUGCAGCUGCAGGUGGGCAACACGACCACCAGCCUGGUGCAGCGUCGCUCCUCCUUCGGGCGCCCGGAGCGGCAACACCUUCCGCCGUUGCGGAAGGAGGCCCGGCCGGCGAAGCCCGACUACGGGGUCGUGUGUUGCUGCCCCAACCGGGCGACCUACAGCCGGAAGUACUACGCGGUUUUGUCCUACGACAGCAAGGGCUGCCUCGCCUCGGAGAAGGAGGUCGGACAGAUGUCGAACCACCACGCGUACAACAACCGGGCGAACCGGUUGACGGACUACAUCGUGUACCAAAUGUCCGACUGGGAGACCGCCACGCACACAAACAGUUCGGUGGAAGACUCGAUUGAGGUCGACGAACAGGAACGGCACCUGCUCGAUCACAACUUCCACAUCGACGAGGAAAUGAGCACCAGCAGUGGAAACUGCACGGCCACUGAGGUCGAAGUAUUCGACCCAAAGUGCGAGGCUGCUCGCCUUCUUCAGCUACAAGAAAAUCACGGAACAAAGAUUGCGCCAGCACCAGCCGCCCCGGGGGGUGACACGGGCAGUUCCGCUGGUAGCAGUGCGCCAGCUGUAGUACCGUCAAAUCAUCAUUCACUGCUGAACAACUCCGGCGCUAGUCUCAGCAACACCGCGCGUAGCAGUUGCUUCGGUGUGGAAACGUCGCAGCUGCAGGUCGUACAGCGAGGCGGAGCAGAGGUGCUGCAGCAAAAGGGCACUGGUGCAACAUCGUCCUCGUCGCUGCAGCUGCAAGAGCAGGGUCUAGUUGUUCAACCAAGGAACAGUAAAUCCACCUCCACCGUGUUGAAGAAUACAAAUGCUGCUUCAUUUUCCGCAGCGCCAGCCCUGACAGUUUCUAACCUGGCGCGGCUGCGCAGCAGCACCACUCAACAGCAGCACGACUCUAACCUGGUCCCGCGGUGCGAGAUGGUCCUGCACGCGCGCGAAAUGGACUGGUUUUCUAGUUUGUGGCUCUGGCUGGAGAUUCUUGUCGAGCUGGGCAUCUGGGGUUUGUCCAACGCGAUCUUUUACGGUAUGAUCCCGGUGCACGGUGCGCUGUGGUGCAACGCGGUCCAGGGAAACCGCGCUUUCAAGUACGUCGUCGCGGAAAAGCCGGGGUCGAAUCCGCAAGUCGUGAUCGCGGGCGGCGACGACCACAUUUCCAAUAUGUCGCGGAAGAACCGCCCCGCGGAGUACUACUUGAGCAAACGCGCGAGGAGCCUGAAUUUGAGUUCCUCCGCCUCGCGUCGGCACCUGGACCCCACCUCAGGAGGAGGUGGGCUUUUGUACCAACCGCACCACGAGCAGUAUGGAACGCUGGUUUCAUCGCGGCCCAGCAAGCAUUCCAUCCCCGGACCCAGCCGCAAGAGCUGGAUCGUCAAGCAGGGCACUAGCGGUGGCCCAUCAUCGAGCAGCAGCACCACGACUCCGGUACAAUAAUUACCUACUUUCGUAGUUUGCUCGUCUUUUGUGAAUAGACCCCCCAGUUGGGUACAUCAUCUAGUAAGAAGCGUUCGAUCUGGAGCUAAAAGUAAAACUACGCUUUGACGACGACAAGAACGAAGUGUUGCGUUCGAUCGUGUAUUGCGAGGCUUAGAAUGGGAUGACCAAGAAAAUCUUUUUUAUUGACAUUUUUUUUGCACAUCUUCACGAUCAGGACAUGAAGAAACAAACACAAAACAGGGCUCGUCGUCGGCUGAAGAGGUGGAUAUAUCUAGUGUCGCUUCUGCCCAAGCGCUCGCGUCGGUCGAGGAAACGCCGCAGGCAGGGUCUCUGCGUCUGCUGGCCGACGCUGCGGCCCGGGGGGCUCGGGAGCCGCAAGAGCUAGCGUGUCAACAACACGGCUCCGACGUGCUGCAACAGGUUCCCAUCUGAGUGAUUUUCUUUCUUCCACAUCACUCUCAAAUCCAAAAGAAAGCGUGUAUCGGUAUCGUAUGUUCUUCAUACAAACUCUCAUCUCCUCCGUUGGGAGCAAACCAGAAGGAUGGAACGAAGUAGUUUUUUAACACACGAGAGGUGUACGUAGCGUAGGUUUUUUGCACAGCAACAAUUCGUAGUUUUUGUUACGACCUGGUGAGCAGAAUUGCUUUUCACAGACGGAGACGGGUGUCACACUUUUCACAAGCCUAUGAAAGAUUGCAUAUCGACGUCGAAUUGUUGGACGAGUCUACAACAGCUGAGCACUCCUCCUUUUGAUUGUAAAAUACGCUUCUGACAUGAUUUUCAUUUGAAAGUGACUUUCUUCAGAAAGUUAUCGUCUUUAUUGCUAUCACACUCUACAUCGUUCCUCAUUUCGUCUCAAAGUUCUUGAACAUCUGUAGAAGUCCGCUUCGGACAAAGUUACCAUAAAAUGUAGAAGCAUCGUUUCGCGUAGUGUAUAAAUAGGAAUACUCAUAAUUUCACAGUGUACAUUUUACAAUUUGAGAAGGCAAGAAGAAUAAAUACGAGAAUUGUGUCGUUGUUUCACAUUCGUUUUCUGGAACGGGGUGAAGGAUCGAAAAAUUCUGAAGUCAUAAUUGGCUUAGAUUGUCCUGCUCGUCACGAUGAAGAACAGUGCUAAAAUAAUCCAGGCGAGGAUCAUGUGGAGCAGGAUGAGCUGCAAUGAGAAAACUGUCCGCUACCAAGUAACAAGCCAAGGCUUCAGAAAAAUAAAUAUCACUACAUCAAAGCACCAGGCGCAAGGCCAAGCAGC